AUGGCGAGUCUAAAACGGUCGGUCGAGUCGGACCCUCUCGCGGCCAACAUCUCGAAUAAGAUCUAUGUGAGAUCCACCAAGAGCGGCAAGGUCCAAAAAAUCGUCCGCGAGGUCUACCUCCGUCGGGACAUCCCAUGUUCUUCCAAGCUGUGUCGGGAGUGCCAGCAUCAGAUGCUCAUUCCGAAAGAUGCCUUGGGCAAGCGUGAGCGUUUCUCAUACCCUCUGUUUCACAGGCUCAUCUCAUCGCUAACCAUCGUCAUCUUAGCGAUCCCAUUUGUCCUCUCAGACUCACCGGCGGGGACAAAGGUCUUCCCCCAGGGGCACUACCUGGUACCAGACACCAAUGCCUUUCUCACAGCCAUGGACCUUUUCGAGCAGGAGUCUGCUUUUUACGACGUGAUUGUCCUGCAGAUUGUGCUCGAGGAGCUGAGGAACAGGUCGCUCCCGCUGUACAACCGGCUCAUCAGCCUGACCAAGAGCGAGGACAAGAGGUUUUAUGUCUUUUUCAACGAGUUCCGACUCGAGACUCAUGUGCCCCGUUUGGAGGGCGAGACGGUCAAUGACCGAAACGAUCGUGCGGUGAGGAGGGCGGUGGCGUGGUAUGGCGAGCAUCUGGCCCGUAUCAAGGGGAAGGAUGCCCCUUCUAUUGUCAUGCUGAGCAACGAUCGGGAUAAUUUGAAGAAGGCCAAGCAGGAGGGGAUUCACGCUUGUUCGUUGGCGGAUUAUGUCAGGCAGUUGAAGGAUGGGGAGAAGUUGCUGGAUAUGAUUCCUGAGACGCAGGAUCGGGAUCAGAUCAAGGAGAAGAGGCCGGGGGAUAACUUGUAUCCCGAGUACUUCAGCAUGUCGAAGAUGAUGACGGGGGUGAAGAGCAAUUUCCUUCAUCAGGGCAUCUUCAAUGUGUCGCCGUACAAUUAUUUGGAGGGGUCCAUUAGGGUACCGGCUUUCCCCAAGGCGUUGCUUAUUCUGGGGCGGGAGAACAUCAACCGUGCUGUUGAUGGUGACUUGGUUGUGGUGGAGGUACUGCCUAAGGAUCAGUGGAAGGAGCCAUCUACGCAAGUCAUCGAGGAGGAUGCCAUCACGAAGAACGAGAACCCAGAUGCCGAAGAGUCUGAUGACUUUGUUUCGGAAAGGGAACGCAAGGCACUGCAGGAGGAGGUCAAGAGAACACACAGCAAGACGACGGAAGGACAUGCUCAGCCGACUGCAAAGGUUGUCGGUGUGAUCAAGCGGAAUUGGCGUCAAUAUGUCGGACAUAUCGAUCAGUCCUCCGUCAGCCAGUCGGCGCAACAAGGAAGGAAACAAGACAGUGUUUUCGUUAUCCCUAUGGACAAGAAGAUCCCCAAGAUCCGCCUCCGCACCAGACAGGUCUCCGAACUUCUCGGAAAGCGCAUCUUGGUCACGAUCGAUGCUUGGGACCGCAGCUCUCGCCACCCGUCCGGCCACUUUGUGCGCUCUCUCGGUGAACUGGAGACGAAGGCUGCCGAGACAGAAGCCCUGCUCCUGGAGUACGACGUUCAGUACCGGCCUUUCCCCAAGACCGUCCUCGACUGUCUGCCCAAGGAAGGUCACGACUGGCGGGUGCCACAGAGUCUCGAGGAUCCAGGCUGGAAAGACCGCCAGGAUCUCAGAGAUCUCUUGAUUUGCAGUAUUGACCCCAUCGGGUGCCAAGAUAUCGACGACGCUCUUCAUUCGCGGCCUCUACCUAAUGGCAACUUUGAGGUUGGAGUCCACAUCGCCGAUGUUUCACAUUUCGUCAAGCCCGGCAACGCCAUGGACGCCGAGGCGAGCAUUCGUGGCACCACAGUCUACUUGGUCGACAAGCGUAUCGACAUGCUUCCGAUGCUUCUCGGUACCGACCUCUGCUCUCUCAAGCCCUACGUCGAGCGCUAUGCGUUCUCGGUCAUUUGGGAGAUGACCUCUGAUGCCGACAUCGUGGGCUCCCGCUUCACCAAGUCUGUCAUCAAGUCACGUGAAGCCUUCAGCUACGAACAAGCGCAGUUGAGGGUGGACGACAGCUCUCAACAGGACGAGCUCACCACCAGCAUCAGAACUCUCUUGGCUCUCUCGAAGAAGCUCAAGCAGAAGCGUCUCGAUGCCGGUGCCUUGUCCCUCUCCUCCCCAGAGGUCAAGGUGCAAAUGGAGUCCGAGACCUCAGACCCCAUCGACGUCAAGACCAAGGUCCAUCUCGACACCAUGUCCCUCGUCGAAGAGUUCAUGCUUCUCGCCAACACCUCGGUCGCCAGAAGGAUAUACGAAGCCUUCCCCCAAACCGCCAUCCUCCGCCGCCACGGCGCGCCCCCCAAGACCAACUUUGACGAACUUGCCAACCAGCUCAAGGUCAAGCGCGGCCUCGACCUCAGCGUCGAAUCCUCCCGCGCCCUGGCCGACAGUCUCGACCGCUGCGUCGACGAAAAGGAGCCCUUCUUCAACACCUUGGUGCGCAUCAUGGCCACCCGCUGCAUGAUGUCGGCCGAGUACUUUUGCUCCGGCACGCAGGCCUACCCCGAGUUCCGCCACUACGGUCUCGCGUCCGAAAUCUACACGCACUUCACCUCGCCCAUCCGCCGGUACGCCGAUCUGAUGGCCCACCGUCAGCUCGCCGCGGCGAUCGAAUACGAGGCCAUCCACCCCAGCACGCGCAGCAGGGGCAAGCUCGAGGCUGUGUGCAAGAAUAUCAAUGUCAGGCACCGGAACGCGCAGCUGGCGGGGAGGGCGAGCAUUGCUUACUAUGUCGGCCAGGCGCUCCGCGGCAAGGCGACGGAGGAGGACGGGUUCGUCAUGAAGAUUUUUAGCAACGGGUUUGUGGUUUUGGUGCCGAGGUUUGGGAUUGAGAGUUUGAUAAGGCUGAGGGAUCUGGCUGAGACGGAGCCGCAGGCCGAGUUUGACGCGGAGAAUUAUGUGCUGCGGGUCAGUGGGAGUAGGGAGGUGAGGGUGGAGCUGUUCCAGAAGGUGAGGGUGAGGGUGACGGAUCAGAAGGAUGAGACGACGGGGAAGAGGGGGGUGAGGAUGGAGUUGGUCAAGACCUAUUAG